AACGAGAUUAACAUCUUCAAAUACAAGUUCUUUUGUAUUACAUUUUCGUGGUUAAAACGUUUGAAAUUAUGCUUAAUUUUAACCAAGAAGUAUUCAUAGAUAUGAGUCAUGUUUUCAGAAAUGGAAUGAUGAAAUUUGUUAAGUUUAGUAAUCUCCGAUUAGUCAAUCGAUUUGACUGAGUAAUCAUGUAAUCUGUGCUAAGAUGAAUAUGCAGACGUAAAAAGAUACAUGAAGUGACGUGUUUAAUAAUUCGUUCACUUUUACGUACGAUAGAAAAACAUUUUCACAUAACGCUAUUAUUAAAAUUGAUAACUACUAAUAUUAUUAAUUAUCCACUAAAUUACAACCUUUGUUUACAUUGUUCUUGUAUUCUGUAAAAGAAAUUUGAACACUUUUUCUUUCAGUAGUAUAUUUAUUUUUAAGCAACAUCACAAAUUGUUGCAAUGUGUAAAAGCACACGCACUUUACGGCUGCUGAUACGUCUUCAUGCAACUUGAAUUAAAUGCACAUUAACAGGGACGUUUGCAACGCAAAAAGUUGAAGUCAAUGUUUUCUAUGGAAGGUUUACUAAAACAAGGUGCCGAAGGGCGCUUAUAUUUAGGUGAAUACAAGAGUGGAAAAUGUCUUAUUAAAGAACGAUUUGUUAAAAAAUAUCGUCAUCCGGACUUGGAUCAGCAGAUUACACGACAACGUAUGAAAGCUGAAAGUAAAGCGGUUAGCAGAUGCCAAGCUGCUGGUAUAUUGGUUCCCCGAAUGUUACAUAUGGAUUUGCCUGAGCGUAAAAUCUAUAUGGAAUUUUAUGAAAAUGCUGUAACCGCUAAAGAAUAUAUAGAGCGAGCGGUAAAGGAACAAAAAGAGCAAAAUGAACAAAGAGAGAUUCUGAAGACGUUGUGUGAGCGUGUAGGAAAUAUUAUAGGAUGCAUGCAUGCUCACAAUAUAAUACACGGGGAUCUAACGACAUCAAAUAUUUUAAUCAAUCCUAAAGUCAAUAACAAUUUUAUAGAUUAUGAAGUGAUAUUUAUAGAUUUUGGGUUAAGUCACUACAACCAAGGCGCGGAAGACAAGGGUGUAGAUUUAUAUGUUUUAGAACGGGCUUUGUUAAGCACCCAUAGUGAACAACCAUAUUUAUUUGAAUACAUAUUGCAGGCUUACCGCAAACAAUGCGGGGAAGAUGAAGUAUCAGUAGUGGCAAAAUUUGAAGAAGUACGAGCAAGAGGUCGUAAAAGGACCAUGAUUGGUUAACAUACUUCAAAAUUCAAUUUAUUUUUAGAAAUAAAAAUUACUGCAAACUUAU